AUGGCGUCUUGGCGUGGCGUUGCGCGUUGGCGCAUCGCCAUUGCGUUGCCAUUAGUAACGCGCUUCUAUGAAGUGCGAUACUACGGUGUUCGAAUGUGCACCUCCGGCUCAGUCAAGCUUCGUCCGUACCAGCAGGAAUGUGUCGAUGCCUGCAUCGACGCUCUCGAACGAAAGCACCUCACGCGGAUCGGGGUCUCAGCACCCACCGGGAGCGGGAAAACGACGAUGUUUCUUGAACUUGUGUCGCGCAUUUUCUCACGAGAAGCAAAUACAUCACAUGCGUUGAUCCUUGUAAACGGCAUCACACUUGCACAGCAAGCAGCUGAGCGCGCCAAACGCAUGUUCCCUCACAUGACUGUGGACAUGGAUCAGGGCGCGCGUCACGUAGCUUCUGGUGAAGCAGACAUUACUGUUGCGACUGUUCAGACGCUGCGGCAGCCGAAACGUCUCGCGAAAUACAACCCCCACAAAUUCAAGUGCGUGAUUGUCGACGAGGCCCAUCAUUCGACGUCGCCAAGCUACCUAUCGGUUCUGUCUCACUUUCACAAAGCGAUUGUACCAUCAAAUAAGCAUGGAUCUACCACCGAUGCAACGACACCCAUCAUUGGAUUCUCUGCUACUUUUACGCGACAUGACGGUGUGGCGUUGGGCCUCGUCUUUGAAGAAAUUGUCUUCCACAAAGACUUUCUUGAUAUGAUUGACGAACAGUGGUUAUGUCCCGUGCGAUUUACAUUGAUUCGAGCUGACUUUGAUUUGUCGAAAGUAUCGACAACUUCCAGUGACUACGUCGUGUCAUCAUUAGCACAUGUGGUCAAUCGACCUGACGUUAAUGAAUUGGUCGUUCGCUCAUGGAUGGAUCUAGCAGGUGCCACGCGUCAAUCCACGCUUGUAUUUGCCGUGGAUGUUGCACAUGUACAUGCGCUUGUAAAAGAGUUUCAAGUCCGUGGUAUUGAUGCUCGUGGAAUUCAUGCCUCCAUGCGUUUGACCGAGCGUGAAUCUCUGCUUGCGUCAUUUCAGCGCGCUGAUUUUCCUGUACUAAUCAAUUGCGCAAUUCUUACAGAGGGCGCAGAUAUGCCGGGGAUUGAUUGUGUCUUGCUUAUGCGCCCGACCAAGUCUCGUAACCUAUUCGCACAGAUGAUCGGUCGUGGUAUGCGAAAAAGCGCGGGUAAAUCCGACUGUCUGAUCUUGGAUGUUGUUGGAAAUGCACACAAUGACCUUGUAUGCACACCUACUCUCUUAGGUUUGGAAGAGCAGAAUAUUGCAUCGGACGAGGCUACCGUUGUCGAUGGCACACGUCAUCGGUAUGAUACUACGAGAGCAACAGUCCAUGCGUAUACUAACAAAACUUUUCAGGCAUCCAAAUCAUUCCUAGAACCACCUGAACACGUCGCUUUUAUCGACUUUGACGAUGUACAUGAACUACAAAAGGCGAUGAGUAUGGGUGCGGCCAAAUCAGUCAAAGAACUGUCCCCCUAUGCAUGGGUUGAUUGUGGCGCCGAUACGUAUGUGCUGGGCUCGUUUGACGGAGCGUACGUGAAGGUUCGUCGUGUCGAUUCAGAAUGGCAUGCCCAUUAUUAUGCGCGGAAUGCAGCGUUUUGGAAAGACGUUGCAGCCGGCCUAACAUUGAAUGCGCCCUAUUUCAAGCGUAAAGUUCUUGCAUCUACUGAUCUUGGGCAUGCAUUGCGUGGCUGUGACACGUUCAUGAACCGUGUGCUGGAAGCCUCAAAUAGGUCCCCCAUGUGGCUACGACGACAAGCACGUUGGCGUGCGAUGCCAGCGACGCCGAAAUCUCGUGCUCUCCUCGCACAAACACUCACACAUCGCUGUCAUACGUUGAGUACUCCGUCCAUUUCACCCAGUAUGACGCAGGGAUCGCUACAACGCGCUAUGAUUCGACUUCGUCACGGUGGCAAAUCGUUGUGGCGCAGCGCCAUGAAGCGACACAAUCGUUUGCACGCACGGAAAGCUUCACAAAAUGUACAAGUAGGCCCGUUGCCGCUCUAA